CCCGAGCGGCUUCUUCUGAGGCGGCAGCUGAGGCAGCGCUCGGUGUCUUCGUCGCGGUCUGUGCAGCGGCAGGCUGCUCCCGUCCCGGCCGGCGAGGCGGCCGUCCAGCCCCUUGGGCCGGCAGGCGAUGGUGCGGUGGAGUGCGCGGACGCGGGCGGCGUGGCGGCGGGCAUGAAGGAGGAUGGAAGGGCAGGACGAGGUGUCGGCGCGGGAGCAGCACUUCCACAGCCAAGUGCGAGAGUCCACGAUCUGUUUCCUUCUCUUUGCCAUUCUCUACAUCGUCUCCUACUUCAUCAUCACAAGAUACAAGAGAAAAUCAGAUGAGCAAGAAGAUGAAGAUGCGAUAGUCAACAGGAUUUCGUUGUUUCUGAGCACGUUCACUCUAGCAGUUUCAGCUGGGGCAGUUUUGCUUUUACCCUUCUCAAUAAUCAGCAAUGAAAUCCUGCUUUCUUUUCCUCAAAACUACUAUAUUCAGUGGCUAAAUGGCUCCCUGAUUCAUGGUUUGUGGAACCUUGCUUCUCUCUUUUCCAAUCUUUGUUUAUUUGUGUUGAUGCCCUUUGCCUUUUUCUUUCUGGAAUCAGAAGGUUUUGCUGGCCUGAAAAGGGGAAUCCGAGCCCGAAUUUUAGAAACUCUUGUCAUGCUUAUUCUUCUGGCCUUGCUUAUUCUUGGGAUAGUGUGGGUAGCCUUGGCGCUCAUUGACAAUGACGCUGCGAGUAUGGAAUCUUUAUAUGAUCUCUGGGAGUUCUACCUACCUUAUUUAUAUUCCUGUAUAUCAUUGAUGGGAUGUUUGUUACUUCUCUUGUGCACUCCAGUUGGCCUCUCCCGCAUGUUCACAGUCAUGGGGCAGCUGUUGGUGAAGCCAACAAUUCUUGAAGACCUGGAUGAACAAAUUUAUAUUAUUACCCUAGAGGAAGAAGCACUUCAGCGACGACUAAAUGGACUGUCAUCAUCAGUGGAACACAAUAUAACGGAGUUGGAACAAGAACUUGACAAUGUAAAGACUCUUAAGACAAAAUUAGAGAGGCGCAAAAAGGCUUCAGCAUGGGAAAGAAACUUGGUGUAUCCUGCUGUUAUGGUUCUCCUUCUUAUUGAGACAUCCAUUUCGGUCCUCUUGGUGGCUUGUAACAUUCUUUGCCUGUUGGUUGAUGAAACAGCAAUGCCAAAGGGAACAAGGGGGCCUGGAAUAGGAAAUGCUUCUCUUUCUGCUUUUGGUUUUGUGGGAGCUGCACUUGAAAUCAUUUUGAUUUUCUAUCUUAUGGUGUCCUCUGUUGUUGGUUUCUAUAGCCUCCGAUUUUUUGGAAACUUUAUUCCCAAGAAGGAUGACACAACGAUGACAAAGAUCAUUGGGAAUUGUGUGUCAAUCUUGGUCUUGAGCUCCGCACUGCCUGUUAUGUCAAGAACACUGGGAAUCACUAGAUUUGAUCUACUUGGAGACUUUGGAAGGUUUAAUUGGCUGGGAAAUUUCUAUAUUGUGUUAUCCUACAAUUUGCUUUUUGCUAUUAUGACAACAUUGUGUCUGGUCAGAAAAUUCACCUCUGCUGUACGAGAAGAACUUUUCAAGGCCCUAGGGCUUCAUAAACUUCACUUAUCAGAUACUUCAAGGGAUUCAGAAACCGCAAAGCCUUCUGCAAAUGGGCAUCAGAAAGCACUGUGAGACCCACAGCACUGCUCUGCAAUCAAGAGCCUGAGCACCCCAAACUCGUGACAUUCCCGUCAGUCAGGGAUGUUUCCUGCUGACUGUGGUCCACGUUUACGGCCUGGGCCUGUCAGUGUUGUUUUCAUAAUCUAAGAGCUUGGCUGUUGCAGGUCUUCUUAUUUUUAUUUACCUUUGGGGUGGCCAUUGUAGUUCCCAGCCAAGUGCAGCCUCCUCAGGGCGGCACGCCUUCUGGGGCCAUGUUUGCUUGCAUCAGUUAUGCGCCCAUAUGAGAGUGUUAGAAAAGGCCAACUUUGGGGCUUUCUAAGGAUUCACUUAAAUCUUGUUACAUAUUCCAUUCAAAAUGAAUUCCAUUCAUGCCCUACAUGAAAGGGCAUCCUUGGUACUUAGAUGUGAAAUUUCUGCAAAAAAUGAAAGUUUAUAGAUGAUAUUGCAGUGGGUACAUUGGAACUGUAAAUGGUUGCAAAUUAUAUUUUUCACUUCCUUAAAGAAAAAACAAAAGCAUAGUUCUGAUUUAUGUUACAGAAUGAUAUUGAUUGGACUUUGAGUCAAGGGAAAAAUACAAAAUUCUUUUAAAACUUGAGCCUUGGUAGAAUGCCACAGGAAUACCUCCUACUGUCCAGUGGAAUAAGCUAUGGUAGGAAGUAUUAUGUAAUCAUAGUUCUCUGACAGUUUAUGUGUAUAUAAUUCAAUAUUACCUCUCAUAACAUAGUUGCCAGUGUUGAAUACACUUGUAACUUAGAUUUUGCCUUAUAGGCUAUAUGUACACUCAGUUUUUUUUUAACAUUUUUUUCAGAAAUCCCUUAAUUCCCUGUGUCCAUUAUGAACUAUAAAUGCUCUGUGGUAGACACCCCUUCUGUCGCCACAGUCUUCAGGCUUUGAUCACUUCUGUACAUGCCAGUUUAAACAUCAGACUUAGGAAUGUUACCAUUUUACACCCAGAACACACAGCAUCAGCAUUCAUGAUGUAAGAAAAGUUUUGCAGUGUAUCGUGGUCUGAUGAUCAUUCAGUUAUUAAAUUGUAAAUAAUUCUUGGGAUGGGUUCUUGACUUUAAGUCCAUUGAAUAAAAGCUAUAACAUUAUACUCCGUGUUACCAUCCACUAGGUUCGAGUACCAGAAAUUGUGCCUCUGCAAAAAUAGCAGAUGGGUCCACUUGCACACAGUUCAUACCAUGCAGCCUCUAUAAACACAUAUGUUCAUAUGUGCUGUGUGUAUGGCAGCAGAUUGUGUUCAGACAAAAGUAAAAGAACAGUUUUCUCAAAUUGUUGAAUUUAAAGGUUUUUUGGGGAGAAAUUUAUGAAAAACAGGCUAUAUAUAUUUUGACAUCAAAAAUUUCCACUUAGGGCCUCCCUGGUGGCGCAAGUGGUUGAGAGUCCGCCUGCCGAUGCAGGGGAUACGGGUUCGUGCCCCGGUCUGGGAGGAUCCCAUAUGCCGCGGAGCGGCUGGGCCCGUGAGCCAUGGCCGCUGAGCCUGUGCGUCCGGAGCCUGCGCG